CGAGGGCGAGGAUCGUUCCAUUUAGCAGCCGGCCGUGUUGGUAUCAUGGACGCACGACGUGGGCGAGGUCGUGGUAGACCGUCGGCACGAGGUAGAGGACACCUUGUCCCUACUCCGGAGGUUCAGGCUACAGGUGCGGGAGAGCAGAGACAGCCAGGGCCACCAGAUAUGCAGGAGACAUUAGCGGGUAUUUUACGAGCUGUAGAUGUACUGGCAGCAUCUCAGUUGCGACAGGAGCGCAGACAUGAUGAUAGGACCGCUACGGCCCAGGCGUCGCAUUCAGGUACGUCGGGAGCAGGGGACGGUUCAGGUGCUACAGUGCUUAGAGAUUUUAUGGCCUUGCGACCACCAGAGUUUAGUGGAGGCGCUGAUGCGACGGUGGCUGAGGAUUGGUUACUAGCGGUGGAGAAGCAUUUGAGAUCCAUAGACUGUGCAGAGGCCCACAGAGUUCGGCUGGGGACUUUCUUGUUACGAGGUGACGCCGAGCGGUGGUGGGAGACCACCAGACAGAGAUAUGGCGAUGGAGGUCCGUCAUGGGCACAGUUCGUUGAGGCGUUCAAUGAGACCUAUGUACCAGCUUGGAUCAGAGAGCAGAAGGUGUUUGAGUUCAUUGAGUUACAAUAG